GCCUGGGGAUGGCGGCAUCAAGUGGGGCAGGCGCGGGUGGAGGAGGUGGGAGCGGCAGGUGGCGAGGGGGGUGCCCCGGCGAGCCGCGGGCCGGGCCGCUGGAGCCCUGCGUCGGGGCGUGACCGUCUUCCCCAAAGACCAAGUCCAGUUUCUGUCCUGUUCUGGAAGCCGUUACCAUGACGCUGACCAAAGGCUCCUUCACCUACUCCAGUGGGGAGGAGUACCGCGGCGAGUGGAAGGAGGGCCGCCGGCACGGUUUUGGCCAGCUGAUGUUUGCAGAUGGUGGCACCUACCUGGGUCACUUUGAGAACGGGCUGUUUAAUGGCUUCGGGGUUCUGACCUUCUCGGACGGCUCCAGGUAUGAGGGCGAGUUCGCCCAGGGCAAGUUCAAUGGCGUGGGAGUCUUCAUUCGACAUGACAACAUGACCUACGAGGGGGAGUUUAAAAACGGCAGAGUGGACGGUUUGGGCCUGCUGACCUUCCCCGAUGGCUCCCACGGCAUCCCCCGCAACGAAGGUCUGUUUGAGAACAACAAGCUCCUGCGGAGGGAGAAGUGCUCGGCGGUGGUGCAGAGAGCCCAGAGCGCCUCCAAGUCGGCCCGGAACCUCACUGCCUGACCAGCGCUGGGGGACAGGCGACCAGCUGGGCACGGGAGGCCAGAAUGGCCUGGAGCAGACGCCUGGGUGUGCCCAGCACCUGCCCACAACGGCCAGUUUGAUCCCACAGGAGUCCUGAGGGUCCUGGUCCCUGGGCCCUGCACCCGAGGCCCCCAGCUCUGUCUUCUCCUGUCACUGCUCCUCACUGCGGGGGUGAUCCGCCACCGAACUGUUCUCACACUCUACUUCGUCUUCUGUGCUCACACAGAAGCUCUUUCUUCUGCCACCCCGAGGGGCAGGGGACACCAAGCCCAGCUUGGGGCCAAGGCUUCGGGCUACCCUGGAGAAGAAAGGAAGGAAGGAGAGGAUGGGGGGCUCAGACAGUCCAGCAGUCUUGUGAUGGUCAGGCCAGGGCUGUCCUCCGUGGCCUCUGUAUUCACUGCUGCUGCCAGCCCUUCUGCUUUGUCUGGCCGGACCCCGCUCGUCUCUGCUCAGGCCCCUGGGAAGGGUCCCCGUGAGAGCCCUCGUUCCCUUCCCGGCUCUCCAGCCACCGCAUGGCCCCCCCGGUGCCUCUCUCCUCCCGACCACACAGGCCAGGAUCCCUGUACAAGACAGUCAAGAAGAAAGCCGAUGGAAGCAGUCCCACAACUGCCGUUAUUACUCCAGGGCAGAGGCGGGCGUCUCCGGGCCACGUCAGGCCCCUUCGUGGAGGGAGCGGAAGCCAUCGGGAUGGUUGAGGCCGAGCUGGUUCCUUCCCAGUGACUCAGCCCGGCCCUCGCCUGGCGUUGGGUAGAAUUGGUACUGGACUCGGGGGGCGGAGAGAGCAUUUGGUUCUCUUCAACCUUCCCACCCUGCUCAUCCCGGAGCCUCCACUUGUCCCGGGCCGCAAACACACCUCCACACAGCCCAGCCCCUGGCCUCCAUGCCCACUGUCUCCUCCGAAGCAGAUUGUGGUGGAAAUUAUAGCCGUGUGCCUCUAUUUAUUCUCUGUACUGUAGACGUGUUGAUAAGGAAUAAACAAUUCACCAGAACUGCC